CAAGGAUAUAUUAAAGCACACAAAUGACUUGGAAAAAGAGGGAAGAGAGAAAGUAUAAGGGUAUGUGUGAGUAGCAUGUAUGAACUUUGGUGUCUGCCAGUUGAAGAAUGCCAGAGCAUAAAAUGUUGGCUGAUUAAUUAUUACAUAAUCAUCCAAUAAGUAACAAGCUGUGAGGCCCAUCCCAUACGGCACUGUUUGCACGUCCACCGGUGUAACAUCUUGUCUUCACAGAGUGACAAUGGACACUGUUGCUAAUUUGAGUAAAUAAUGUUAGCUCUAACCCUUGAUGUAACAUAAAUGAACUCUGAUGCAUAGGGGGGAAAAAUGGGAAAUAGUAGCAGAAUACUGGUUGUCUUUUUUUUUUAGCUGUUGUUGUUGAACACUCUUCUGUAUUAAAUUUUUUUUCUGAGUAUAUAUUCAAAAAACUUAAAUGUAAUAAUUUAUUUUACAUAAGUUCUCAAUUUGAAUAAUUAGAUUGAGAAAAUAUAUUACCUCAUUCUCAUAAAAUUAAAUCAACAUCAAAUAAUAUUUUAUGCGAUUAUAACUAAUUACUAAGCUUGGAAUAGAAUAUUAAGUACUACAUCUGAUGUUAUAAAUAAAUAAAAAAUAACUAAAAAUGAACUAAAUUUAAAAAACACAAACUGGGGCAUUUUUUACAUCAUAUUUUGAUUUUCAGGGUCAUUUUUGUUAUUUUUGGAGGCAUUUUUGCCUCGAACCCCCUUAAAGGAAUGUUCCGGGUUCAGUACAAGUUGAGCUCAGUCGACAGCAUCUGUGGCUUAAUGUUGAUUACCACAAAAAAUAAAUUUUGAAACGUUCCUCCUUUUCUUUUAAAAAAAAAGUAAAAAUGGAGGUUAACGAGACACUUACAAUGAAUGUGAAUGUGGCCAAUUUUUUUGAGGGUUUAAACACAGAAAUAUGAAGCGUAUAAUUUUAUAAAAGCACUUGCAUUAAUUCUUCUGUUAAAACUCAUGUAUUAUUAACUCUGUAAAGUUGUUAAAACUGUCAUUUUUAUAGUCGUUUUAGGGUUUGUUGACAUUACAUCGUCAUGGCAACGGAGUUGUAAAAUUGGCUAUAACUUUACACAGAAAAGGUUAGUAAGUGAUUUUAAUCACACUUAAAUCAUGUUAACACACAUAUUGUUUACAUCUUGUGUCUAUACUUUUGAAAAAGUGAGUAUUUAACGUCCAAAAAUUGGCCUUCAUUCACUUCCAUUGUAAGUGUCACACUGUAACAGAUGUUUGCUUUUUUAAAGAAAAAGAGGAACGAGUCAAAAUUAAUUUUGUCGACUGAGCUUAACUUGUUUUGAACCCCGAACAUUCCUUUAAUUUCUGACGCUGUGUAAUAGGCUACUAUGUAAUAAUAUAUAAUAACAAGUUUAUAACCUAUAUAAUAAUUCUGUUUUAAUAAUAACUCUCUAUAGAAUUAUUAACUCAUUGAAAAGAUCAAGAGUGUGUUAGAUUUAUUUAUUUAUUUAUUUAUUUAUUACUAUGACUUAUUUAUUUGACUUUAUGUGCUUUAUUUUCAUUCAGUUGUUCACUUGUUUAUUUUAUGUUGUAUCAGGCUAGCUCUUUGCUGUAUUUAUAUCCCCUCUACUGUUUCUAAAUUCAAAAGAAAACAUUUAAAAGAAAAAGUACCAAUGGAAGACCACCAGGCAGGUCCUGGCGUUCAGGAGAAAUGCAAAUUUUCCAACAGCUUCGCAAAUUGUCCCGUUUGUCCCAUACGCAUUGCCGUAGUUGUGUGUGGAUUGGAAGCGACACAGUGGUCACAAUGGCAGAGUUCACCACAUUAGAAAGCUUGCUGGAAAUGGGCUUCAACAGAAACAGAGCGGAGAAGGCUGUAGCACAUACUGGAAACCAGGGCAUUGAGAGAGCAAUGGACUGGUUAAUGGAGCAUGAGAAUGAUCCAGAUAUAGACGAGCCCUAUGUCCCACCUGUCGGGAAUGUUCUUGGCUCAACAGAAGAACCGAGCAGCCCAUGCCAGUCUCCUACAGAAACCUCUGAAUUCACCGAAAAUGUAGCAGAAGACGGAGAUGCCAAACGACCCAUGACAGAGGAAGAGAGGCGGGAACAAGUAAAAAGACUGGAGGAGUUGAUGAGGGCGAGACAGGAGGAGAGGAGAGAGAGGGAGCGACAGGAGGAGAUAGAAAGAGAGAAGCAGAGGAGGAAACAAGGCCAAGAGCUGCUGCAGGUCAAACAGAAACUUCAGGACGACGAAAUGAAGAAGCUGGCGGACCAGCGCAGGAGGGAGAAGAUGGAGGACAGACUUGCCAAGCAACGGGUUAAAGAGAAGAUCGCACGAGACAGAGAGGAGAGGGCGCGAAAGUUUGGAGGCUGUUCAUCAAGCACAGAUCUGUCAUCUCCCCCCUCUGAAGCCCCUCCCCAGUCUCUACCUGACAACCAAGGGCCUCCUCCAGCCAAGAAAGACUACGAUGAAUGUCGGAUACAGGUGCGUCUUCUGGAUGGGUCUACCUUGAGUGCUGUCUUUAAGGCUCAGGAACCUCUGGCUGCUGUGAGAGUCUAUGUACAGAUGAACGGGGCAAACGGAGAGGAUUUCAACCUCAUCACCCCGUACCCCAGACGUGUCUACACCGAUCUGGACAUGGAAAAACCCCUGCGUGAGCUGGGUUUGGUGCCUUCUGCAGUCCUUGUGGUUACCAAGAAAUGAAGGGAAACAAAUAUAAACACAGCGUUCUUCCACGUCCAUGCAAGAUCAAACAAAUGUCUCUGUGAAGACCAUCAAAUAAAUGGACUGCUACAAUGGUUUCACUCAACAAAAUGGCAAACAUACACUGCAUUAGAACUGAUCAAUAACGUCCUUAAUCUUAAACCUGUUACUCCCAAUAAAAGGUUGAGCGAGUUUUCAUAAUAAUGAACCUUGAGAAGGUAGUUGUGAUUUUUUUUUUUUUUUGCCAUGUAAAAAU